UAUCUCUUAUUAGGUAGGUAUAUUAUCUGUGCUAUUACUAAGAAGCUAACUACAGGCGCUCAAUAUUAUUAUCUAUUGGCACUAUUGGUUAGUUCGCGGCCGCCGCUUCACAUAGCCGGUACACUUCACAUCUACAAUCUGCAAAACUCCUGCAAAAUGCCGCUCCGCUGGGGAAUCGUAACAGCUGCUAACAUCUGCAAUGACUUUGUGAAUGCAAUGAACUCGUACCCCCACAAGGGAGACCAGGUGAUAGCUGCUAUUGCGGCUAGAGACCCGGCUAAAGCUAGAGACUUCGCCGAACUACACGGCAUACCAAAGGUCUGUGAGUCCUACAAGGCUUUGGCAGAAAGCAAGGAUAUUGACGUGGUAUACAUCGGGUCACUAAACCCUCAGCACUAUGAGCUCUCCAAGUUAUUCCUGGAGCACGGCAAACACGUACUGUGCGAGAAACCUCUCUGCCUCAACGAGAAGCAGACCAGAAGCCUGGUCAACCUGGCUCGCAGUAAGAAGCGGUUUCUGAUGGAGGCUGUGUGGUCGAGGUUCGCUCCCUCCUACCUGUCGCUGGAGAAGGAGAUUAGUGCCGGGAAGCUCGGUGAUGUGCAGUAUGUGGAGGUCAACUUCGGUGUGCCCAUCGCGAGUAUUGAUCGAAUCAGCAAAAAAGACUUGGGUGGCGGCGCAGUCCUCGACAUUGGCAUUUACGUGUUGCAAUUCGCCCAGUACAUCUUCAAGGAUGAGCCGAUCAAGGUGACCUCGUCAGGGGAGCUCAACUCUGAAGGGGUGGACGAGGUGGUCAACAUAAUCCUGGAGUACAGCGGCGGCCGGCGCGCCUCGCUGACGGCCCACGGCAGGCUCAGGUUGAGGAACCAGGCCACCGUCUAUGGGACUAGGGGGCGCGCUACCCUAGCAGACCCCUUCCACUUCUCCCAAGAGCUGACUCACGCUGACGGGACGGUGGAACAGUUCCAGCUGCACUCUUCGAAGCUGCCGUACAACUUCGACAACAGCGCCGGCCUCGUGUAUGAAGCCAUGGAGGUGCAGAGGUGCAUUAAGGAAGGUCUAUUGGAAUCACCCAGGAUGCCUCACAGCGAGAGCAUCCUGCUGGCCAAGCUAGAAGACACCGUCCGGAAGCAGAUCGGUGUCCACUUCGAUGAGGAUGAUCAGGAGUUCCCUUGAGUCUAUCAUAUUUAUAAGUAAAUAGUUUUUAAAUACUUAUAUAGGUGUUGUAAAAAUGGUAUACGAAGCCGAAAUUAGCAUGUGCAGCAUGUUAUAUCUAAGCCUGAAACUGAAAUCAAAACACCAAAAUUCGCGAAAAAAAUAUUUAUUCUCCAUAGUAAACAUGCUGUACAUGCUGGUUUCGGCUUAGUAUAUCUAUCCUUUUUGCAACACCCUGUAUAGAUUAUGACCAUGGCCACAAAUGUUAUUGAAAUCAGUCAGAUACAGAUUAUAGUGUGUUUGGUUGGAGGCCAUGAAAUUGAUCAGGAGAAUCAUCUAUUUUAUGCAGGUAUCAUGAGAUUUUAAUAAUAUUGUAAAGUUUAACAUUGAAAUGCACCAAAGUGCCUAAUCUCGAUUUAAGAAACGUCAGUCCAUAUAAAUUUAUGGCAUAAAUCGAGAUUUAAUACUGUGCAAGUCGCCCUUAGUGUAAGGUAAAAGUAUUUAGGUACGUAAGCACUUAUACACUUAAAUUUUUAUAUGAAUUGCCAAUCAAUGAGCAGUUGAACUAGAUUCUAGUUAUAAGAACAUAAUUAUUGUUAACACUACUCACAUGCAAGUGUCUUCUACUUUAUUUAGCUAUCUAUCUACUGAUGUGAUGACACUAGAAAACGUCAAUGCACUUGUAGUUAUAGCUUUUCAGGUACUAGUUACUUAUAUCCAUUUCUAUUACUUGUGGACUUCUUUCAACUGCAUAGAAAGUCAUCUUGGUUAAUAAUAAAAUAAAUAUUUUAAAAUUA